AUGUUGAAUCAAGUGCUUCGAAUAUUCGACAAGUUUUUUUGCUUCCUCGGAGGGAUCGCUUUUGGACUCGCCUGUCUCUACCUUACUUGCAAGGUGCUUUACUUUCUCCACUUCUUGUACAGAUGCAUUUUGAUCAAUUGGAAGAACGUUGUUGCCGAUGAAAAGAAAGAUGAUUCUGAUGAGUGGGUGCUUCGUGUUCAAGUAACGAUUGGACAUCACAAAUACCGAUUUGUGAAAGAUGGUAGAUGGACGGUCAGCGAUGAUAAGCGCAUAUGGGCCGAUGAGAAUGGUUAUCUUCACAACGUGCUUCUCACGUCGAGCCAAGGAGUUAAAUGGGGUGAAACUUGCUCGAAAGACAAAUUUCAGCGUGGACCAAUAAGCGGACCAAUAGCG